AUGGGCGCCGGAGGCUCGGAACAGGUUCGGUGGAGAGAGGACGGAAGGGACGAGCCAGGAAGAGGGUGGGAGUGGGAGGAGGGCGAGCAGGAGGAGGAGGCAGCAGAGGCCGAGUUUGAGGCAGUGGCCCGCCUGUGGGAGGAGAUGGAAGCUUCUGGGAAGAUGCACCCGCUGAGUGCCCCUGUGGGGGGCUUGCGAUGGAAGGAGGAGGCUCAGGAACGAUUUCCGGAUCUAGCCCGCACGGCUGGUGUGUUUCCCUACAUGGGGGAUGUGAUCGAGAGGGAGGCGCUAGACACGCCGUAUGACUAUGCCCCUCCUCCAGACAUUGACAGUGAAGCCUCUGCUAUGAUCGACAAGCUUCAGGACCUGCUGACCACCCUUCGUCUCUUCCCCUCUUCUCAUUCCUCUGCUAUGAUCGACAAGCUUCAGGACCUGCUGACAGCCCUUCGUCUCUUCCCCUCUUCUCAUUCCUCUGCUAUGAUCGACAAGCUUCAGGACCUGCUGACAGCCCUCCGCCUCUUCCUCCCCCAUGCGCUCUCCCCUACACUCGCUGCACCUCCUUUGAAUCUGGAGACUUCCAAGGAGGGGGGAGGAGGGGAUGGCGGGUGGGGUUGGGAGAAGCAAGAGGAAGGACAUGAAGAAGAGGAAUCGGAGAAUGGGCAGCUUCACGAGCACAAACAGCAGCAGCGGCGGUGGCAGGAGCAGCAAAAACACCAGGAAAAGCAGCAGCAUCAGCAUCAGCAGCAGCAGCAGCAGCAGCAGCAGCAGCAGCAGCAGCAGCAGCAGCAGCAGCAGCAGCAGCAGCAGCAGCAACAACAGUCACAGGCACAAGGGGAAGAGCCUGUGGAUAUCUUUGCACUGGGGUUGGUGGAGGAGGGGGUUCGAGUGCAGAACCCCGUGGUGUGCGUGAGAGGCAAAGAGAGGUGGCAGCAGUGGCUGCAGCUAUUGGGGUCAGCAGGGGGCCACCUGCAUUUGCACCAUCUCUACUCUGAAACACUCGUGAGGGAACCAGACCGCCGCUGGAUCACUGCCCUCUGGACCAUACUCUUAGCUAAGAGCGGGCGGGAAGCAGUGGCAGACAAGAAUGUUCAGUAA